UCAAAGUCGCCGAUUGCCCACUGCCCCACUGCUCUGCCGCUCGCCAAAUCCAGCGCACGCCCGGACGGCCGCGAUGCACCCGCAUGCCACGGGGGUCGAGAAGGCGGCCACGCCGUACGGGUCCUGGGAGUCACCGAUCAGCGCCGCCGCCGUCUCCGCCGCCGGGAAGGCCGUUGAGGGGCUGGCCGUCGCCGGCGACGGCCGGCUCUUAUGGGUCGAGACGCGUCCCGAGGAAGGAGGGCGAGCGGUUCUUGUGAAGGAAGGGGCGGAGGCAAACGGCGGAAAUUUUGAUGUGACGCCGCAGGAGUUUGCGGUGCGGUCCCUGGCGCAGGAGUACGGCUGUGGCGCCUUCGCUGCGGAAGGCGAUGUUGUUGUGUUCUCCAACUACAGCGACCAGCGCCUGUACAAGCAAACCAUAGGAGAUAACUCACCGCUACCUCUGACACCGGAUUAUGGUGGAUCACUAGUCCGCUAUGCGGAUGGUGUCUUUGAUCCUCACUUCAGUCGCUACAUCACGAUAAUGGAAGAUCACCGCCAGACGAGCUCAAAUCCUAUCAUAACAAUUGCUGCUGUGAGCACAGGAGCUGGAAAUGUUAAUGAACCAACUGUGCUGGUCAGUGGCAAUGACUUUUACGCCUUUCCACGCAUUGAUCCUACUGAGAAACGUAUGGCAUGGAUUGAAUGGAGUGACCCAAACAUGUCAUGGGAUAAAGCGCAACUAUGGGUUGGAUAUUUCUCCGGAAAAGGAGAGGUACAAAAACGUGUUUGUGUUGCUGGCGGAGACCCAAUGUUAGUAGAAUCUCCUACUGAACCCAAGUGGUCUUCAAAAGGUGAGCUGUUCUUCAUAACUGACCGACACAGUGGGUUUUGGAAUAUUUAUAAAUGGGAUGAGCAGAGCAAUGUGGUGGUGCAAGUGUACUCACUCGAUGCUGAAUUCUCAAAGCCAAUGUGGAUUUUUGGUGUCAGCUCCUAUGCUUUCCUCGUGAGCGAUGACAUGAGUCCGAAAAUAGUUUGCUGCUACAGACAGAAAGGGAAGUCAUAUCUUGGGUUACUGGACCAUGAAUCGGGGUCUUUUUCCAAGCUCGACCUUCCCUUCUCUGCUGUAACUAACAUAGUUUCUGGAGAUGGAUCCUUCUAUGUUGAGGGUGCGUCUGCCAGUCUUCCAGUAUCAAUAGCAAAGGUGACACUGAAUGAAAAGAGGACAAUGGCAACUGACUUCUCUAUAAUUUGGUCCUCCUCAGAGGAUGUUACGAAAUAUACAUCCUACUUUAGUUUGCCUGAAUUUAUGGAAUACCCAACUGUAAUCCCUGGCAAGCAUGCUUAUGCUUAUUUCUACGCCCCAUACAAUCAUGUUUUCCAAGGUUCAUCAGAUGAAAAACCUCCGUUGUUGGUCAGGACCCACGGUGGACCUACAGAUGAAGCACGUGGGGUUCUAGAUCUUGGUGUGCAAUACUGGACGAGCCGAGGAUGGGCACUUGUUGAUGUUAACUACGGCGGAAGUGCAGGCUAUGGGAGAGAGUAUCGAGAGAGGCUCUCAGGGCAAUGGGGUAUUGUUGAUGUAAAUGAUUGCUGCAGUUGUGCCACAUUUCUGGUGGAAACUGGAAGAGUAGACGGGCAACGACUUUGUGUAACAGGAGAAUCUGCUGGUGGAUUCACAACUUUAGCUUGUCUUGCUUUCAGACAGACAUUCAAGGCUGGUUCUUCGUUAUAUGGGAUUGCUGACUUGGCUUCAUUAAGGAAAGGCAUGCACAAGUUUGAGGCACACUAUAUUGACAACCUUGUGGGAAAUAAACAGGCUUACUUUGAGAGAUCACCAAUAAACUUCGUUGAAAGAUUUACAUGUCCAGUCAUUUUGUUUCAAGGAUUGGAAGACCCGGUUGUAUCACCAGAUCAGGCGACAAUAAUACAUAGGGCUAUAAAAGACAAAGGUCUUCCUGUUGCUUUGGUUGAGUAUGAAGGGGAACAGCAUGGCUUUCGCAAGGCCCAGAACAUCAAGUUUACCUUGGAGCAGCAGAUGAUGUUCUUCGCAAGAUUGGUGGGGCACUUCAAGGUGGCAGAUGACAUCACUCCAAUUAAGAUCGACAAUUUUGAUUAAUGCUCAUUUUAAUCGUUUCUUAGGGCAGCAAUAUAUACACUGACAUCCAUCAACUCUUCAUCUGAGAAACUUUGUUGUGACUUGAUACACCUCGCAGGUUGUAAUAUCACCCAACAUGGGUCGACUUGUAAUCUUCAUCUGAGAAACUUUGUCGAUUCUUUUCCACUUGUUUUUUCACCGCAUACCA